CUCCAGCGCACGCAAUUUUCAGAAACCCUAGUUCGCUGAGCCGUCUUCUUCAGCUAUUGGCUGCCUGGUUCUCUCUCGCUCUCCCUCUUUCUGCUUCAACCAUGGCUACUGCUAGAACUGUCAAGGACGUCUCGCCUCACGAGUUCGUGAAGGCUUAUUCUGCUCAUCUCAAGCGAUCUGGCAAGAUGGAGCUUCCCGAGUGGACAGAUAUUGUGAAGACUGCAAGAUUCAAGGAGCUGGCUCCAUAUGAUCCUGAUUGGUACUAUGUUAGAGCUGCCUCCAUGGCCAGGAAGAUCUACUUGAGAGGGGGUCUUGGUGUUGGUUCUUUCCAGCGGAUUUAUGGUGGAAGCAAGAGAAAUGGUAGCCGCCCUCCUCAUUUCUGCAAGAGCAGUGGCGCUAUUGCUCGUCACAUUCUUCAACAGUUGCAGAACAUGAAUAUCAUUGAAAUCGAUACCAAGGGUGGCAGGAAAAUCACUUCAAAUGGUCAGAGGGAUCUUGACCAAGUGGCUGGUAGGAUUGUGGUGGCCCCUUGAUCUGUGAAUUGUUGAGGACUAUCCGUCUAGCAAAAUACAUUUAGGUUUCAGUUUUUUUCCGGAGAUAGAUGUGUUAAAUGUGAUGGGCAAAUUUUGGCUUUAGCUAUUGUGAGUGUCUCUUAAACACGACAUGCUUCAUGCUAUGUUGUUUCAAGUCUUUUAGAUGAUAUUAUCACUUUUUUAUUUAUUUUUGAACUAAGUGUGACAAUUUUCAUCUUAUUAUUAUUUCAAUGUCUUGAGAUGA